AUGGUUGCGCAGGAAGAUUCGGACCCUCGUGGACCCUGCGCCUUCCGUUCAGGCCAGAUUGUCUGGUGGGAACAUCGUCACUUCGGAUACCAACAAGUUCAUUUGACGUCUGCAGAGGAAGGCCGUGCCUGCCCCGUCUGCCUCGAACGUCGCGCAAGUCAAACCAACCGGAUGGGUUCGUCCCUAUCUGCCCUCACACGAGAGCGGCCUCUCCUCAAUUGGCGAGUGUUUCUCGUCGCCUUAGAGGUUGCCAACGCAGGUGACAUGGGCACUUGGCGUCUCCCCACUAGUCGUUCCGAAAAGAUCGAGCGGUUACCUGAGCAGUGGAGGACCGAGAACUGGUCUGAAUAUUGGGAGAGAAACUCCAGCGGUCGGACGUUAAGUAGCUGGAGCCGCGGCGCCAGUUGCUCCUCUUGGGACUGCCAUACGAGGUAG